UGCCUGUAAAUUUUCAGAAUGCCGAUAUGUGAACUAAAGCCGAUUUCUCGUCAAUUAUUACUGUGCACGGACUCUCAGAUUCGAAACCAAAUCCAAUUGUAUAUCCUACGCCAUUAUGCCAAGUGUAACUGCGACUGCGAGAAGACGGGCAUUUGCAAGUGCAGCGUGGACUGUGAGUGCCGGCUAAGGAGGAAGAAGGUCAGUCGGUUGGGGCCCAAGACAAUUUGUUGUCGCGAUCCGCCGUCAAACUAUGCGCCCAAAUGCCUGGCAACGAAGGCAUUUGAAAUACCAGAAUUUAUAAGUCCUAAAGCAUUUCGGACCAUGAAGCCGGACGAACAGCUAGGUCCGCGGGCGGGCAAGUCGAAAGAGUAUAAAAAUCCAGAGUUUUUCAGCUAUCAUUACUUGUCGUACUACGAGCUAAAAAUGGCCACAAGAAAGGCCAAGGAUUUGUUCGAAGGAAAGAAUCCUUAGGUUCU